AUGGUGCAGGUCCAAGCUCAAGCUCCAACUUCAACACUUCUCCUCCUCUCCCUAACCCUCAGCUCCACCCUCUCAACCGCGGAACCAGCUCGCGUCCUGAACCGCAACUUCGCCGAUCCAGCCAUCAUCCAGACCCCAGACGGGUGGUACGCCUUCGCAACGACCUCAGGCGACAUCAACGUGCAAGUCGCGCACUCCUCCGACUUCGACUCCUGGGGAUACCUCGACGACCACGAUGCUCUGCCCGGACCGUUCCCCGCCUGGGUAGCCUCCGACCCGCAGCCCUGGGCGCCUGACGUGUUCCAGCGGGACGACGGCCAAUACGUCAUGUACUACUCGGCGAUCCCGCGCGCAGACUCACGCCGACACUGUCUUGGCGUCGCGAUAUCCUCCGCCAUCGAAGGCCCGUAUACCGCUGUCGACGGGGACGGGGACGGAGACGAAGCCUGGGCGUGCCCGCUCUCCCAAGGCGGGGCCAUCGACGCGUCGGGGUUCCGCGACGACGACGGCACCCUCUAUAUCGCGUAUAAAGUCGACGGGAGUGCGCUGAAUACCGACGACGAGAACUACCACCCCACCCCCCUGGUCCUGCAAGAAGUCGCAGACAACGGGUACAGCAAAGUCGGCGACGCAGUGACGCUGAUCGACCGCGACGAGAGCGACGGGCCGCUCGUUGAAGCACCGAGCAUCGUCAAAGCAGACGGGUUCUAUUACCUCCUCUAUUCGUCGCAUAUGUUCAACAGCCCGGACUAUGACUCGAAGUAUGCGACUGCGCCGUCUGUUGCGGGCCCAUGGACUCGUCGCGGGCGGGUCGUGGCGCCGGGCGACUCCAGCGAUGUUGGGCCCCUGAGUGGUCCUGGCGGUGCGGAUGUCUCAGCCGAUGGGACGAAGUUUGUUUUCCACGCGAACAUCAACAACCAGGAUCCCUCGGGUGGGAGGGCGAUGUAUGCCACGCGGGUGAGCUUGGAGGGUGGCAACGUGACUUUUGUCAACGAGAGCUAA